AUGAUAUGCGCGCCGUUCCUCGCCCUCCGUGUUUUGAAGCAAUUAGUUAGCGACGAAGGUCACCGAUUUUCGCUCGCGGUUACUAUCCUGCGCGACAAUAUUUAUAUUGACGAUGUUCUUUUCGGCGCAAGUGACGUAACACGCUUGAAGCAAGCCCGCGAUCAGCUGACCGCUCUAUUGAAACUAGGAGGAUUUGAAUUGAAAAAGUGGGCAGGUAAUUUGCCCGUUCUUCUAGAGGAUAUCGAUCCGUCAGAUCACGGCUUAGCGUGUAAUAAACAAUUAGCGCAGGACGAACAGCUCAAGAUUCUAGGAAUCGGAUGGAAUCCAGCCAGCGAUCUAUUCGAAUUUCGAGUGUCGCUCGCCGAUGCCAUCCCGGAGAGCAAGCGUUCCAUUCUCUCUACGAUCGCGAUGUUCUACGACCCGCUAGGCUGGGUCACCCCCGUGACAAUCACCGCCAAGAUAUUCAUGCAAAGUCUCUGGCGCGAAACGUUAAAUUGGGACGACGUCGUUUCCGCGCCACUUCUAUCUCGGUGGAAAGAAAUCCACUCUCGACUCUCGCACCUAAACCGAUUAAGAAUCCCACGGUGGACCGGUCUCAGGACAGACACAUCUCACGCAGAGGUGCACGGAUUCGCUGACGCGUCGAACGCCGCGUACGCCGCCGUAGUAUACCUCCGGGUAGUUUCUUCCGACGGUCACGUGACUAUCACUUUGCUUAUCGGAAAAUCAAAAGUCGCGCCUCUAAAACCCCUCAGCGUUCCCCGCUUAGAAUUAUCCGCGGCGCUUCUCCUCGCCGAACUCAUGGCAUUCGUGCGCGACUCGCUCGGCUACGCCUUCCCGGAGUUUUGCUGGACAGAUUCCGAGAUCGUGUAA